AUGAACAGUGGAUCAAAGCAAAUUUAUAAAAAUCAUUUUAAAGAAAAUCAAACUGAAGAAAAAAGAAGUUGUUAUAGUUGUUUAAUAAUUGUUAUUUUAUUAGCAUCUUUAAUUAUUUUAUCGUUUCUAUUGAUUUAUGGGUUGCUUUAUUUUUUUGAAGAUUCUGAAUUUAUCGGUUUAAAUGAUGAAGAAAUAACUAAUUUUAAAGGAUGGUGUUUUUUAACAAUAGUAGAUGUGAGUGUAUUUGUUUAUUGUAUUUACAGAUGUUUUACAAGUAAAAAAAUUAACAAAGAUGAUUAUUCUAAUGGUGCUAUUUAA